AUGGAGAACGACUUGGCCGAUAAUGAUCCUAUGAAUCUAAACUCUCCGCAGUUUGAUUCUGAAGCCUUUGUGAGUAAUUUGAUCCGAAAUAAAGGGCUAGAUGAGCUGGUUGCCGUUGAAGAAAACAUGGUCCAAAAUGUUCGUCGGUUGGACAAUGAAAUGCAACAUUUGGUGUAUGAGAACUACAAUAAAUUUUUGACAGCGACAAGUACAGUGAGGAAAAUGCAAACAGAGUUUGGCAAAAUGGAUGAGGUAAUAUUUUUUGUUUUCUUUUGACUUUUAGGCAGUGCAACAUCGAAAAUUAGAAAUCAGAUGAAUUUUUGGCAGUCUGGCCGGUUACAAACUGACCCAAAAAGUCGGAGAAGACUGGCUUAUUGUAAAAAAAUGUCUAAUAUUUGCCAACGUUCAUCUUUUAAAACAAUUUUUCCUUAAAAAUUCGCCGUUUUAUACCUAAUUUCUUCCAGGAGAUGCAUAAUGUCUCGGAUAAGAUGGCAAGAAUAUCCGCAUUGUCUGCCGAGCUCUCAGUGAUCUUCAGAGAGAAGCGGGAGAACGUCCGGAAGCUAACGGACGCCUCUAAAACAGUAAAAUCGCUAAAUUUUGUUGUCAAUCUUCCUAAGAAAUUGCAGGUGGGUCAGGAAUAAAUAUUUUUUAUGUUGUCUAACUCGGUGUUGGUGAAAGUUGGAUUUUUUCUUUAGUUUUUUUUUUUGUUUUUGAGUUGUUUGUUCUAUUUUUUUUAUAUUGUAGUAGGCAAAAAUUUGCAAAAGUGUCAACAUUUUUGAUGGGGAACUGGCGACUGGAUUCAUUUUUGAGGUAAAAUACGGCUUUCUUUGGUAUUUAGAUGUUUGUAAUAUGAUUUUUUUAGUUCCCGAAGGUCUAACCAUUCGUAUUUUACAUUCUUCUCUAUCUAUUUCUCAAAUUUAGACCCAUUACGAGAGGAAUGAAUUCAAAAAAGCGAUUAAAUCCUUCAAUUCCGUCAAAAAUCAGCUAGAAAAAGUGAAGGAUUACGAGUCAAUGAAGGGGAUCUACCGAGAAUGCAUUGAUGUCAUCAACAGAAUCGAAAAUAAACUCCGCCAGAACUUCAAAGCGCCCGUUCUUUCGUCCGAAGAUUUUGUGGAAACGGUCCGACUUUUGAAUGAUUUGGGGAUUCCCAUGGAAAACUUGGAGAAGGAGCUCUCAAAACAAUGGGCGGAUCAACUGGAAAGUCAAUUGAAACCGCUGGAAUUGGAAGCGAAAUUGGUUGAAGGGGAGAAAACGAAGAACUUUAACGAUGUUCUCGACUUUGUGGAGAAUGGAAUCUGCCCGUUCUUGGCCGAUCUCUCGUUGAUGGCUUCACUGCACUCGGAACUGUUCCAUACUGUAAGAUCUGGGGGUUUGAAUUGGUUAAGUCUUGAUUUUGGAUGGUUUUGGAUUUUUGCACUGUGCAGAAAAAAAUUCUGCACCGUGCAAAAAAAUUUUUUGCACAGUGCGAUGCUGAAUUGAAAAUAUUUUUUCAAAUGCACAGUGCGAUAAAAGACAUUUGGUUUUUGCACUGUGCGACAUUUGCAAAACGAGUUUUUGACUGCACCGUGCAAUGGUGAGAUGGGGCAUGGGAUUUUGCACUGUGCAUUCCAUUCAACUGUUAUUCUUUGGCUCAGCAUGCUGCAAAAAACAUUUUCUUUUCAACUGCACUGUGCAGUAGGACAAUUCGGAAUUUUUGCACUGUGCAAAAAAAAAUUUUUUUAAAUGUACAGUGCGACAAAAGACUUUUGGUUUUUGCACUGUGCGACAUUUGGAAAACGAGUUCUUGACUGCACCGUGCAAUGGAAAAAGGAACAUUUUUUGUUCUUUGUAAACGUUCGGAAUAAUAUUUUGUGCCGCACUGUGCGGUGAAAUAUGCGAUUUUGCACUGCGCAUUCCAUUCAACUGUUAUUUUUUGGCUCAGCAGUGCUGCAAAAAACAUUUGCUUAUCAACUGCACUGUGCAGUGGGAAAAUUCGGAAUUUCUGCACCGUGCAAAAAGUGACAAUCAAAAAAAUUUAAUUUGAAUAUUUUCUGUGGAUGUUGCCUAACCUUUUCAUUGUCAUAUUUUCAGUCCCCCGACUCCGAAUUCGUCACCAUGCUGAAGGAAAAAAUGCAAAUCCUCAAGAAUCUCCUGAUCGCCAGGUUCGAAUUGGAAUCCAACCCUCGGGAAUGCGCGUUGUAUGUUCGGGCUUUGGAUAGGACGUACCGAAAGAUUAGUGCAUGCUGCAAAUUACUCCCGCAUCUUGAUUUUUCGGUCGAAAAUACAGCAAUUGUAGUUGAUGCAGCACAUCAUCAGAUCAAAAUUUGCCGAAAGGGAGUUCUUCAAGCAGUCCAAACUGCUUUGGAAGAGGUGAGUUGGGGAAUUUAGGAUGUGAAUUGGGAUUCAGAACGACUUGAAGGGCAUUUCGAGGAUUAAAGUUGAAGAAAAUGUCAUAAUUUAGUCAAAAAAUUUGGAAAAAUAGCAAUUUUUAAAAUUUUUGUGUUGUCUUUGCUAAAGUAAGGUUUAAUUAGUCUUUUAGAAGGAUUUUUAGACCUGUAGAAUUUUUGCUUUUGCCAUUCAUUGACCUUAUUUUAGGUGAUAACGGAGCUCAAAACCAAAUCCCCCUCAAAUUCCUCGUCUUCAAGCAGAUUUGGCAACGAUUUCCUGCAGCCAUUGCUGGGAAAAUUGGAUCAGACAUUUUUAGUGUCAGUCAAGACUUCCCUGGCCAAUUUAUUGCUCUUCACGGCCAGCGAUAUCACUUUUUUGAUUAGUGCGGAUUCAGGUAAAAAAAAAUUUUUUUAUUUUUUGAUAAGACAUGAUACAUGGUAUAUACAACGUAUUUUACUAUCAAUCUACUUUGUUGUAGCCCAUUCCUUCUCGUCAUUUGGAGUGGAUGUCCAUGAAAGUGUUGUGGUCGCCUCCCUGAAAGACCUCGCCGAAUACUCGACCAAUGUGACACCCUCUCUCAUAACGGACGCCAAUCUCAUCCUCGGCAUUUUCCUCCACGGAAUCACCAAAAAGAAUCUCAAAUAUCUGAUGGAUCUGUGCCAGGAACAAUACAAAAUCACGGAAGAAGUGGCUGACGCUUUGUUGACGAGACCUCCGGCAAUUAUCGAGCUGAUUGAAGAGGCGGCGCUCAAAGUGUUGGCCAGAUUCGCCGAACAAACGGGAGAAGGAUUUUUUGAGGUGAGAAUUUGGGAUUUGAGGGGAUUUAUGGAGAUUUAACGGCCAGAAAUGUGGACUUUGGAUGGAAUUAAUUGAUUUUUGGGGCUGAUAGAAUAAGCAUGAUAGAUUUACAACCGAAUAGAGAACCGAUUUUUUUGGAUAUUCGCCAAAAAAGGACUUGAAGAAUCCAAAAUUUAUUUUUCGUAUAAAAUGUCGCCAGUCUCGAGUAUAUUGUCAAGAGCAGUUCAAAAUGAAAGAAGAUUACCUAUUUGACAUAAAAAUCAAAAUUUUGUUGUUGAUAGUCGCUUUUUUCAGUCGUUCCACUCGAAUUCCGCCAGCUGGCCCACGGCAAAGGGAAGCCCAAAUCAAGUCCGAGAAGAAACCAAAGGCUUGGUGAGAGAAGUCCAGGCGUUGGACGAGAAUUUACAAGUUCUGGUAGGUUUUUAAAAUAUGUUUAGUCAGAAUUUUUAAUAAAAAUCCCGAAAAAAUGAUAAGAAGUAGUUUUUUGUAGAAGAUUUAUAUUUUUUUAUGUUUGUUUUGUUUUAAGGUUGCCUCUGGGACUUUUCAAAUUUCUUUUUAUGGGCACAUACUGAUGUAUUAGUGGUUUUUGUGAAGAAUUUCUUCUCAGUUUUAUAUUAUACAUGAGAGUAUUGGGACUUUUUGUAAAAAAAUUUAAAUUCUGAAGUUUUUGGUAUAAAAUGUCAGCAUUUUUAGUUGAAUGACGUCACUAUAAAGGACACUCCAUAUUCAGUUUGUAGGGAUAUUUUCUCAUUUUUAUAGUAUGGAUGAAAUUUCUGCGAUUUUCGCAAAAAAAAUUUUAAAAAUACGUAAAAAAUGCCUCCCGCUUUUAGAUGGACGACAGCACGAAGAAAGAACGCACUCCCGACUCGAUCCGAAGCCUCAGUCAGCGACGUGUCCACUCGAUGAACAACCAAGACGCCUUGAGCGGAGCCCUGGAGAGAAUGUGGGCCGAUGCGGUGGAGGAAUUCGCGGCCCCAAAACUCGAAUUCAAACGAUAUUCGAUAAUCGGAUGCGUCCUCGACAAAUGCCUCCGGCUGUACCUGGAAUGGGUCCGCAAAACGAAUUUCUCGAGAGCCGGAGUUCAACAAGUUCAGGUCGACAGUUUCUAUCUAAAACAGACCCUCUGGCGGUUUGUCUCAGACGAAAUGGCGAUGAAUGUACUUAUUGAUGAAGCCCUAACAGCAGCAGUGAAUUUAUGCGAAGAUCCGAAACUGCUAGAACCAGCGGCCGUCAAAGAAAUUUAUAAUAAAGCCGUUUGA